ACGUCACUUCCGCCAGCCGGUGGUGACCGUGUUUCCGGGUCCGGCUGAGUUUGUUGAGGCGUCGGUUCUGUCAGGAACCAGCCGCACUGGGCAAUGAGCCCCUUGAGGGAGAGGAACUGAUUGGAUGGAAGAUACAUCAGGCACAGACUGCUGUGUGCUUGUGCCUUGACUGUCUGAACUGGGGUGAUCCUGCCUUUGAGGGCUUGUCUGGCUCUUGAAAAUGUUUGCAAACCUAAAGAAGAGGAUUGCGGCAGAGGCAGCUACUUCUCCGCGGCCAGGAGGGGUGCCCAGAAUGCCCAGAUCGGUCAGCAAGGAGUCCAUUACAUCUGUAGGAGCAGAUUCUGGGGAUGACUUUCCCUCAGAUGGAAGCAGCUCCAGGGAGGACCUCUCAUCUCAGCUCUUCAGGAGGAAUGAACAAAUCCGGAAGCUGGAAGUCAAGCUGUCUGAUUACGCCGAGCAGGUCCGAAACUUGCAGAAGAUUAAGGAGAAGCUUGAGAACGCUUUAGAGACCCAUCAGGAUUCCUUUGUGAAGAAGCUCCAAGAGCAGAAUGAGGCUCAUCAAGCCAGCACGGCCAAGAUGGCAGAAGGCACGGUCUUGGCUCUGGAGAAGAAGGACCAGGAAUGGAGGGAGAAGCUGUCACACCUUGAAAAGGAGAAGAAGCUCCUUUCGGCACAGCUACAAGAGAUGAGAGAGCAGAGCUUGAACCUCUUCCAGAAAAGGGAUGAGAUUGAUGAGUUGGAGGGCUUCCAGCAGCAGGAGCUGGCUAAAGUCAAGCACAUGCUUUUGAAGAAGGAAGAGUCACUAGCCCAGAUGGAGCAGGAAUUGGGAUCCUCCACACAAGAGCUGCAGCGCACCCGAGAGGAGCUGCAGACCUUUCGCACUUUGUCCUCCUGCCAGGCAGCAGAGUUACAGCAACUACGACAACAGCAUGCAGAGCUGGAAGCAGAGAGAGAUGAGCUCAUUGAUGCAGAGGAGAGUGCAGAAAGCAAGAUCACGACUUUAGAGCAGCGGAGCCAGGAGCUCCAAGCGUACAUUCAGCAACUUUCAGUAGAUCUACAAAAUGCUCAAGUAUCUGCCGCCAGUUGUGAAAAGCAAUUGGAAGCACUGCAGCAAGAACACGACUCUCUGAAACAGGAGUAUGAACAGCAUAAGCAAAAGAUGAUUGUUGAGGUGGAGGAGAAAAGCCAACUCGUGGGCCACUUGCAGGAGAAAGUGACCAUCCUGGAGAAGCACUUUGAAGGGAAUCUCUCUGGUGAUGAGCAUGUCCAGGAGCUGCUCAGGGAGAAAAGUGCUCUGGAGCAGAGACUGGAGGAGGCCAGGCAGCAGCUUUCAGCUGCACGGACAAGCCAUGCAGAGAGUUUAAAUCUUCUGGAGACUCAGAUUGACAAACUGAACUGCCAGUUGGCUGAAAGGCAGGUGUGCCUAAGAGUAAGAGAGGAGCUUGUGUGGAGCCUCCAGGAAAGUAGUUCACCACAGGUGAAAGAUCUAGAACAGGCGCUACAGCUUGCUAACGAGACAGCAGCAAAAAGCAAAGAAGAGAUGGAAGAGAGAGAGCUGCAGAUCCAAAAGCUGCAGCAAACAGAUCUGCAGCUGGAGAGAAUCCAAGCGCAGGAAGGCCUUUCCAUUGUGCAGCACCAGUGCACAGAGCAAGUUGGGAGGCUGCAGGAGCAGAUGGCAACCCUGGAAGCUGCCCAGGAGACAGAAAGGGUGGCUGCACAUCAGAUGAUGAGCCAACUGGAAAAAGAAAAUGCAGAACUGAAAGACAGAUGCAAAGAUUUGGAAAGCUCCUUAAGGAAGCAAGAAUCUGAAUUGGAAAGGCUAAAGGCAGAAUUGAGCAGUAGCGCUGAAACCACCCAAGCCCUGGAGAAGACGCGAGGGCAAAGGGAGCAUCAACUGCAGCAGGAGCUUGUGGAUCUGACUGUGCUGUUGAAUGAGAAGGACCUGCUGAUUGCAGAGAAAGCAGAGGCACUUCUGAAAGGGGAGGAAGAGCUGAAGCACUUAAGGCAAGAUCACGAUGCACUUCUGCUGCAGAUGGACCAGUUGCAGUCCAACCUUGAGUUGUGCCAGCACCAGGCCAUGGAGACAGAAGCUGCGGCAGAGAAACGGAUGAGUGCUUUGCAAGAGCAGCUACAGUACCAGCAGGAGCGCCUCUUAGUCAGCGAGAAGCAAGCUGCUACAUUAGAACUGACUUCUGCAGCCCUGAAAAAGCAUCUGUGUUCCUCUGAAGAUAGGGAAACAGAGCCAAAUGGAGAGGUGGCUGCCACUGAUAUUGUCCAGCUCCAGAAGGAAAACAGAGACUUGGAGCAGCAAAUCACAGAGAAGAAUAAGACAAUAAAGCAGCUGCAGCAGAGGAUGGCAGAGCUGAAGAAAACCUUGCAGAAAGAAUUGAAAAUGCGACCCGAUGGUGAGGUCCCUGAGGUCGCCACUGCUGCCUUGACUGUAACAAACAACUCCGAUCUGAAUGACUCCCGAGAGAUAAACUUUGAGUACCUUAAGCACGUGGUGCUAAAAUUUAUGUCCUGCCGGGAAUCAGAGGCAUUCCACCUGAUAAAAGCCAUGUCUGUGUUGCUAAACUUCUCUCAAGAGGAAGAAAACAUGCUCAAGGAAACCUUGGAGUAUAAGAUGUCGUGGUUCGGGUCAAAACCAUCUCCCAGGGGCAGCAUCCGACCCUCCAUCUCAAGUCCGAGGACUCCGUGGUCGUGAGUGCCCCCCCUUGACCCAAGGAUGUGCUGCCUGCCUCCAGCUGCUUUUUUUUCUAUGAAAAGGAUGCUGCACCCACCAACUGAGGUGGUGUCUUAUUGCUGUCACCACAGUAUUUUUGUACAAGAACUUUGAAAAAUUGUUUACAAAGCUGUACUGUAAAAGGAGUGUCCUUUGCUGCAGCCUGACACCCCCUCUCCCGAUUCCAUCAUUUAGUGAUAACAAAUGGCCCUGGCUUCUGAGGCCUUGUGGAACCCAAGCAGUUGUGUUUCUGGUGGCAGGAAUUAGCAGCAUGGGGCAGUUUCUGUCACAAACUGAAAUCCCGAGUGUUGAGGAACAAGUGCAUGUGUCUGUGCUGCACUUACAUCAUUCCAGACAGUGUAGAAAACCUUGCCGGGGUGGGGUGGGGAUGGGGAGCAAUUCUGCUUUCUCAGACUGAUAACACUUCCCUUUCUUCUCAGCACUGCUUCACCAAGGCUGACUGAAACUGCUGGUGCAUUCACACCUAUGCUGCAAACAGCCCCAUCUGCUUCAGUCAGGGCCAGCUUUAUUAUUCUUAAAGAAAAAUGAUUAAGUGGUCUUCACAAAGCUUCAUGUACUUGCCUUACCUUUCUAGAAGAACAUAGCAAGUUGCAGAGCAGAAGGAGGGCGGCGGCCUCUCAUUUUUAAAGUGAAAACAGUAAGGUGACGAGGUUGCUUUGAGAGAACAUGUUCUGUUUCACCUCUAGCUGAAUUUGUUUCCAGGGAAGGGGGCAGGUGCAUCAGCCUCUGACAACAUAUCCUAGCUCCAUUUCAGCUGCAACACUAGCAAUCCAUGUUGCUUCUUUUAACAGAUUGGGAGCUCCUCACAUAAUCACAGUUAAUUUUUUUACACUACUUGAAGGUAGCAGUCAGUUUGGCUGAUUAGAAAGAAGAAACAAAGUAGAUGACCUUGCUUAAGAAUUCUUUUUUCUUUAGUUAUAAACCAAACAAAAAAAGCCCUCCACACUCACCCUAUAUUUUUAUUCACCAAUCUAUGUAAAGAUACUGUCUAUUCUGUACAGAACAUCAACCAUGUUAAGAGAGCAGGUUGCAAUUUUAAUAUUGCCUCUGCAUAUUGCUAAGCUACAGUAUAUUUUUGUUUACAAAGUGCUUAUUAAGAAGAAAAAACCAGCCAUGGUGGGGUUGGUUUUUCUUACCAAGAGCACAGCGUAAAAUUUCUACUGGUUGAUACUUUAUUGUAUUUUCCCAGAGUCACCUUUUUUAAGGUAUUGUAUGGAAACCCUCUUGGGCAGGACUCUAUAGUAGCCUUAGUGUUGAAUUCUUGUAAGGUAUCAGAGCAGGAAUGAGGUGUGUAUAUUCAUUCAGCGGUAGCAACCAAUGCACUUUUUCUCCUUGUACAAAGAAAACACAAACCACCUUUGGAGUGUAUGUAGAAAAAAGCCUUUAUGGACACUUGGGAAGUCCAUUCAUUCUGUGUACAUAAGGACUGUAUUAUGUAAUGGCUUGUAGAGUCCUAAUUUGUGGUGCAAUACAUUUUUGAUUAAAACUUGAGGCUACUUAAUUAUC